GCUCUUUAAUCAACAAGAAGGAAUUUUCAUUAAUUCUAUGUUUUUUAUGAAAAACUAGAAAAAUAAACGUUCAAAAUGCCGGACAGGGAUAGCGAAGUGUUCUCUAACCCCCUGCCGCCUUCGCACCAUAAACAUGAAGAAGAAGACGACAGCCAUCAUCUCACGAACGAUGAUUUUCGUAAGAUGAUGAUGACCCCAAAAGUCUCUGGACUGGGUGGAAGCUAUUCAACGUCAACGAAAGAAUCCAGCUCGACUGAUCGCAAGCUAGAAGCUCACGACGACGAGGACGAUGCAGCUACAAGAAGAAAGAAAAAGAAAAGUUAUUAUGCCAGGUUGAAGAAAGAGGAAGAAGAUAGAAAGAAGGAAUUGGCCUCAAAAUACAGAGACCGUGCAUCAGAGAGAAGAGUAGGAAAUGAUUACAAUGACUCUGAGAUCAGUACUACAGCUGAUUAUAGAUCAGUGGCACCAGAUGCAAAGGCAGAGGAAAAUUAUGCAGAAAGAAGAAAACAAAUGAUUCAAGAAUCAAAAUAUCUUGGAGGUGAUAUGGAACAUACCCAUUUGGUCAAGGGCUUAGACUAUGCAUUAUUGGAAAAAGUAAGGGCAGAAAUCAGUUCUAAAGAAAUCGAACAGGAAGAGACAAUGGAAGCAGUAGUGGCCAAGGCAGAUGAAGAGCAUCCCGAACCAGACCCUGAGGAGCAAAUUCAAUUCAAAACCAAAAUGGGGAGAAAUGUUUACAGAAUUCUUUUCAAGAAUAAAUUGCCUGAUCGUAAUGAACUGUUUCUACCAAGACGUAUGGCCUAUGUUGUGGAUUUAGAAGACGAAUUUGCAGAUUCUGAUGUACCAACAACUUUUAUUAGAAGUAAGGCCGAUUGUCCAACUUUAGAAGCUUCAACUACUUUAACAACUAAUGACAUUGUUAUCAACAAACUGACUCAGAUCUUGUCUUAUUUACGUCAGGGAAGGAGGGAAAAUAAGAAAUUGAAGAAAAAAGAUAAGGGAAAAUUGAAAGAUGACGACAAAGGCAGAGAAAAAAUGACUGGUGCUGACGACAAUAUUUAUGAAGACAUCGGUCAAUACCAACCACUCACUAAAUCUAAAGACAAGAAAGAAAGAGAUCGUGAUUAUGACAGAGAAAGGGAUUACAGAGGUGACAGAGAUAGAAAAAAAGAUAGAGAUAGACGAGAUAGAGAUAGGGAUCAAUCUGGUAGAGAGGGACGUAAAUCAUACUUUGAGAAACCAGUUGAAGAAGACGAAGAUCAUCACCACAAACAUCAACAGACAGCCCGAGAACUGAUCAAUUCUAUCAAUGAUAAAUAUAAAUCUUAUGACCAUGGAGAAGAGGAAAAGGGUAAAGGUGGUCGGGAAGGAGGAGAUGAUCGCGCCAAGAAAUUAAAACAAAAAACAGAAAUAGACAGUUAUGCAGAAUGUUACCCUGGUUUAAUGGAAUCCUAUGAUGCCUUCGAUGAUUCUGAUGACGAUGCUGAUUACACUAAGAUGGACACAGGAAAUAAGAAAGGACCAGUUGGAAGGUGGGACUUUGAUACUCAAGAGGAGUACAGUUCAUAUAUGUCAAAUAAAGAAGCUUUGCCUAAAGCAGCCUUUCAGUAUGGUGUUAAAAUGGCUGAUGGACGGAGAACGCGAAGAACUGGUCCUAAAGAUGAGAAAACCAAGCUAGAUCGAGAACUUCAACAGAUUAAUAGGAUCUUAGAUAAGAGAAAAGCGUCUGGCAGUGACGGAGGUAGUAAAAAGCCUAAAUAUUAAUAUGUGUUAAUUACUGUUCAUUAUAGAUAAUUUGACAAUCACUGCUUUUCUAAAUCUACUACAAACUUUCAAUUAUGAGAAGAUUCUCCACUGGAGACAGUGAUAAUAUUGUGUAAGGGUCAAACUGUAAAAAGUUUAGUGUAAAAACUGUUAAAGCUUGGAGAAAUUGUUUUUUGACUUUUCAAAUGUGAAUGAAAAUGAGUUGACCAAAAAAGUUUCUGCUGUGUCUGUAUUAUUUUCUUUCAUUUGGAAUCUGGAAAUGGGUUCUACUAGUUUGGAAAAACACCACUAAAAACUUUUUUAAAUUUGAUAUAUUUAGAUAGAAUGUCAUAUUUUGAUUAUGAUAUAAUUAAAGUUCAGACACAUGCUUUAAGCUU